AUGGUCAGCCUAAUCGAAAAUGUCUCGAGAGGUGCAUGCAAAAUCAAGACUGGAGAAGGAACUGGGUCUGGGGCCUUCGUGAAGUUCUACUUCAAUCAAUCUGAAAAAUGCAUAGUGUUGAAAGGGCUCGUCACCAACCACCACGUGCUUGGAUGGGACUCCCUCGAGGAUGGGGAGGUGGUCAAUGUGGAAACGAAGUACUCAAAGUUGAGUAUAACGAUCCUGGCGAAUACAUUCAGAUUCACAUGCCCACUUCUUGAUUUUACCUUCAUUCUGUUUGCCAGAGAAACUGUAGAGGUGGUUAUACGCUUGGGUUGUAAGUUCUUACGAGUCUCCUCUUCUCUGAGGCAAGGAGAAGCAGUAGCAAUCCUCCAAUUUCCCGGAGAUGAAGAUUUGUCCUGUUGUUCUGGCGAAGUGGUGAUGUUUUGGGGUUGUGAUUUCUUCCAUACCGUUUCAAAGGAACGCGGUUCUUCUGGAUCCAUGGUGGUAGAUCACAAUGGCCAAGUCAUUGGUGUUCACAAAGCGCGUCAUAAGACCGAAGAAUACAAUGUGUCAGUGCGAAUGAAAUACGCCAUGUCAGCUUUAGAGAAAGUUUACGAAACUGGGGAGAAAUUUGCCCGUAUUAAAAUAUUGAGUUCCGAUGACUACUCUGAGCUGGAGAACAUGGGAUUGAAGGAGAAGAACGGCGUGCUGAUCAGUCCAUGGAGUUUUGGAGUGACCACGAUAUGGUUUUACCGAACGCCUCACCACUGGUUCUGGACUCCCACACAACCGGAUGGAAACAGGGAUUCGGAUCUGCGUCAGUGCAACUGGACCCUGAUUUCCAAUGUUCAUGAAGCUGCAUCUGAGCAGGGGAGAAAUGACCAGAGGAUACGACACUUCGAUCUCAGUUUUGCAAAUUGGAUGAUUUUAGUCCGCAAUCUUUUCCUGAGCUUUGGGCAGGUUGUACUUGGCAUGACAGAAUGCUACAGCCGCCUUCUCCGUGCCUCUCGAGGGAGGAACAGAAUCAGAGUGAGGCAGCGCGUGCAUCUCGGUCGCCCGCACUGUGCCCCGAGACCUCAGCCCUACGGGAUCGCGUCUCCCGUCGGCAUGGACAACGACGAGAGCAUCGACGACCGGGAACCGGUCAUAGACAAACGAGGGUGGCGACAGUGUUGGUCGACGACCAAAUACGCCAUCUCCGCCUGCGUCUUCAUCAUCGUGAUUGCCAUCUGUGCCGUUCCACUCCUCACUCGACGACGCUCCCCGGCCAGGACCCAGCUCCCCGAAUGUAAAGAUGCAGGCUGGGAGUCGAGCGGGCGCUUGGGAGAGCUCACCACGAACGCAGCGAACGCGAACGGGUCCGUGCACGCAGCGAACGCGAGCGGGAGCGUGUACGCGGUGAGCCGGAAGCACCUCCUGCUCCUCGGCUUCUCCUACCGCGCGGACGGGCGAGGUGCGUAUUUCUACGUCGGAAAAGGAAGGAACGGAAUCCCGGUGCCCCAUCCGACUAAAGGAUCCAAAGAGCCCCUGAGGGACUUUCGCAACGAGACCGUCUUCCUGCGGCUGCCUCGAGGGACUUCCAUAGAAGAGAUCGCGUGGUUCGCCAUCUACGUCCCCGAUCGCAAGGUGUGUCGGUCCGUCUCCGUGUGUCGGUUCGUCUUCGUGCGUCGGUCCGUCUCAGAGCGUCUGGCCCACGUGGACAUCCCCGGGUCCUUCGAGCCCUGCCGGCUGCCCGGUAUGAGAGCACGGGCGCCUUUGGACGGGAACGGCGCAUCCACGAGGGGGCCCCUCGUGGUACUCGACGAGGGAUCCAUCGUCCUUCCGGGGUUCGCCAGCGGCAACGCCUCCGACAUCCGCUUCUACCUCUUCGACGCGGAGAACGUCCUCUCCGUUCCGUCUCCCAGGCUCUCUACAAGUGCGGCAACCCAAGACGUGCUGCUGCAACUGCCGUGGCCUCGGACGCUCAACGCCACCAGGUUCAUCUGGAUCUGGUGCCCCCGCUGCCCCGGACUUCUCGCGAGCAUCUAUCCUCGGGAAUGCUACGACUGCGAGAGCGACUUCUUCUCGGAAGUGACGAAUUCCUCGUACAUCGUGCCCCUUCUCUAUCACUUGGAAAGACUCCGGGAGAAAACUUGGAAACCGACGACGGAGCAAUUGGAGAUGAUCGAGCGGCAACUCCAAACCCAGGAAAGUGAACUGCAAAACCUCACUUUGGCCGAACACCGAGGCGUGACAAUCGACUCAAUCCCUGGAUUAAGGAUUGAUCAAGACACGUCUUACUGGCACUUGACUGGCAUUCAAAGUCGCCGAACUUUCUCUCCAACAAGGAAGGGAUUGAGAGAACUCCGGAUGAAUCGCAGGAAUAAGCGCUACGGAUGCACGAAGUUGUUUCUCAUCCCGUCGUCGGUGGCGCUGGACGUCAAAGCCUAUUUCUCGAUGGGAGCCUUGCCGAAUGACGGCCGUCCCGAAAAGGGCUUGAAGAAGAAGAUGACGAAGGUAAUCGAAACCUGCAAGAAGGCGAUACGGAUUCCUCGGAGGACACUUUCAAAUGUCGAUCCCAAGAAUAUAAAUCGUGGAUUAGGGCCCCUGAGGGACUUUCGCGACGAGACCGUCUUCCUGCGGCUGCCUCGGGGGACUUCCAUAGAAGACAUCGCGUGGUUCGCCAUCUACGUCCCCGAUCGCAAGGAGCGUCUGGCCCACGUGGACAUCCCCGGGUCCUUCCAGCCCUGCCGGCUGCCCGGGAUGAGAGCACGGGCGCCCUUGGACGGGAGCGGCGCAUCCACGAGGGGGCCCCUCGUGGUACUCGACGAGGGAUCCAUCGUCCUUCCGGGGUUCGCCAGCGGCAACGCCUCCGACAUACGCUUCUAUCUCUUCGACGCGGAGACCGUCCUCUCCGUUCCGUCUCCCAGGCUCUCUACAAGUGCGACAGCCCAAGACGUGCUGCUGCGGCUGCCGUGGCCUCGGACGCUCAACGCCACCAGGUUCAUCUGGAUCUGGUGCCCCCGCUGCCCCGGACUUCUCGGGAGCUUCUAUCCUCGGGAAUGCUACGAUUGCGAGAGCGACUUCUUCUCGGAAGUGACGAAUUCCUCGUACAUCGUGCCCCUUCUCUACCACUUGGAAAGACUCCGGGAGAAAACUUGGAAACCGACGACGGAGCAAUUGGAGAUGAUCGAGCGGCAACUCCAAACCCAGGAAAGGGAACUGCAAAACCUCACUUUGGCCGAACACCGAGGCGUGCCAAUCGACUCAAUCCCUGGAUUAAGGGGCUUGAAGAAGAAGAUGACGAAGGUAAUCGAAACCUGCAAGAAGGCGAUACGGAUUCCUCGGAGGACACUUUCAAAUGUCGAUCCCAAGAAUAUAAAUCGUGGAUUAGGGUUCAACAUGGAUCGUGACGCUGCUACCAAUGCUGCUGAUGGUGAUGAUGACAGCAACUACGCUGUAGAUGAUGACGUCGACGCAUACGUUGAUGUUCACCUCAAAGCUGAGGAUCUCUCGGACGUGCACGAUUAUCGGCGACCGGAUUUAGGAAAAAGAGCGCAUACAAAGCUGUUGGAAAUGAGAGAGAUCGAACAAUGGUUCGAAAUGAGGGAGGAAGAGCCGGAAUUCGAAUGGCGAGAGGACGACCCGGAGUUCGACAUGAGAGAGGAGGAGCCGGAGUUCGAGCUGAGGGAGGUCGAACCGAAGUCGGGAAUGAGAUGAAGCGCGGAGUCCGCAUGGGAUGGCCGUUCUCUCGCUGGGGGGAGUCGCUUCAGCUCCUCGAGCGUCUUCGCUUCAGUUCCGCGAUAGCGUUAGCUCUCUCGCUUAGGUUGUCUAGGAGGAAAGGGGAAUGGCUCAUCAUGAAGAAGUGAAGGCGACAAAGAGAUGGGUGAAUUGUAUGUGGA